AUGCCGCGCUCACCUGCACGCUCCCGCAGGGCCGUCGCCAUGUCGGUGUCGCACAGCUCCAGGCUGAACAAGCUGGUGCGGGAGCAAUAUGUGCGGCUGCCCCAGGACGGGCUGGUGCAGGUCACCUACGUCUGGAUCGACGGCAGCGGCGAGGGUGUGCGCUGCAAGAGCAGGACCCUCGACAAGGAGCCCAAGAGCAUCGAAGAUGUCCCUGAGUGGAAUUUCGAUGGCUCCAGCACAGCACAGGCAGAGGGCUCCAACAGCGACAUGUUCCUGGUGCCCGUCCGCAUGUUCAGGGACCCUUUCUGCCUGGACCCCAACAAGCUGGUGCUCUGCGAAGUGCUGAAGUACAACAGGAAACCUGCAGAGACCAACCUGAGACACACGUGCAAGAAGAUCAUGGACUUGGUUAAGGACAGCCACCCCUGGUUCGGGAUGGAGCAGGAGUACACACUGCUGGGCAUCAAUGGCCACCCCUAUGGGUGGCCCGACAACGGCUUCCCCGGCCCACAGGGCCCUUAUUACUGUGGGGUGGGAGCAGACAAGGUGUACGGGCGUGAUAUCGUGGAGUCCCACUACAAGGCAUGUCUCUACGCAGGGGUGAAGAUCUGUGGCACCAAUGCAGAGGUGAUGCCCUCCCAGUGGGAAUUCCAGGUGGGCCCGUGUGAAGGCAUUGAAAUGGGGGAUCACCUCUGGAUGGCUCGGUUCAUCCUGCACCGCGUCUGUGAGGACUUUGGGGUUGUGGCUACUCUGGACCCCAAACCAAUGACCGGCAACUGGAAUGGUGCCGGGUGUCACACCAACUACAGCACCGAGGAGAUGCGGAGAGAAGGGGGCCUCAAACACAUCGAAGCUGCCAUCGAGAAGCUGAGCAAGCGGCACGACUACCACAUCUGCGUGUAUGACCCGCGGGGCGGCAGGGACAACUCCCGGCGCCUCACCGGCCACCACGAGACCUCCAACAUCUUCGAGUUCUCUGCCGGCGUAGCCAACCGAGGCGCCAGCAUCCGCAUCCCGCGCCAGGUUGGCCAGGACGGAUACGGCUACUUCGAGGACCGGCGGCCAGCGGCCAACUGCGACCCCUAUGCGGUCACCGAGGCCAUCAUGAGGACCACAGUGCUCAAUGAGACCGGGGUGGAGACCAAGGACUAUGCUGACCACUGAGGCUGUGGGGUGGGUAGAGGUUUUGGUUUCUACACUAGCUUCUCACGUGGGAUGUGCGCUGUGUGGUGUCCUGGGCUGCAAGCUCAGCCUCUUUAGGAACCUUGCUUCUGGUCUUGUGAAACGUCGCCUUAGGAAUAUAUAUAUAUAUAUUUUAUAGCAAGUGGGAGGGGCCCAACCUAUUUUCUCAACCACUUUGUUUCUGGUUCCUGGUUUUAAGUUGUACAUGGGAAGGGUUUUUUAAACUGGAUUGAGGUUUUCCCAAUGGACUUUACGCUGGGAUGUACAGAAAUCCCUACGUGGAAGCUGUGGCUGCUGCUGGUGGCACCUGGGGAGGGCAGGUGCUUUAUUCCAUCUCUCUGUUGCAAGGAAAUGAUAAUAAAUAAUUCUGGCUCUUGGCAGCCAGGUUGUGCUCUA